CAGUGCGCUCUUACCGAAGUCUCCUGAUACUUAAAGUUAGUUAUACUAAGUAGUAUCUAUACAUAAGUAGGUAGUGAUCAUGUACAACUUGUGACUGCUUGUGGAUAUGAGUUUCUCUACAUCGGCUAGUUUGAAAAUACGGCCUUUACUUGAUACUAUGGAAAGCUUGGCGCGUCCUGACAAAUGACCCAUUAAGUAUUACAAUUCGACCUACACUACUAGCUCUACCGAAUCCAACCCUCAUUUCGAUGGCAGCACUUCUUCAUUAGCGGUAGCAUAACUACCAUCUGGGUCAUUGAAAUCUAAAGCAAUGAGUAGCUCAUGGGGUGUUAUGUGCAGCCACUGAGAACUUAUCACAGGCAACUGUUGGCUAUUACAAAUAUCAGCAAGUGCCGGGCCAAGCAAGCAAGCCAGCAUAAUGGUGGGUGUUCCGCGCUCUAAGGGUUGCAGGACCUGUAGGAGGAAGAAGAUCAAGUGUGAUGAGCAAAGACCUCGUUGCGGGCAGUGUCGGAAGGGGGUGAGAGAGUGCGAAGGAUACGACCAUCAUACUAUCUUCCGCAAUUCCUUUGCUGGUAACUUCACUACCACUCCCAACUCUCAAAGACAAGCGAUUAUUCAGAUCGACAGUCAGCCUGUACGAGAUGACGCUUUGGCAGACGCUCAUGAAGCCCAUCGCGACAAGCAGCUGGCGCUGAAAAAAAGGCCAGCCAAAGAGAGGGCUCACCCCUACGCGAUUGCGAGACUGAAGCGCGCUCAAGCCCAACUCGCCGGAGCCACACCUCUACCUCGUACUCUAGACGCUCAGGUCUGGGCCGUAGAGUGCAUAAUGGGUCAGUUCUUAGAAAUAUGCAAGCCACUUUCAGAAUCCCAGGAAGCCCCACUAGCCUGGCUUGGAGAGAUCAAAGAGUGGGAGAGAGACAUCGAUGCGCUGCCGCUUGCUAUGUCUGCACUUGCACUCGGUUGGGCCGGGCACAUCGAUAAUCAGCAGCAGCUCGCUAGCAAGGGGCUGCAGCUCUACAAUGCCGCGCUUCAACAGCUGCGGAAGGAUAUGAGUACCUACUCGCCACUACAGUCGCUGGUGGUCACCACGAUUUUCGUCGUAUUCGAGCUAUGUCAAUUCGGGAGCAAGGGAAACCCAGGAUGGCUCACUCAUAUGAAAGGAAUUGCUGCUUUCUUACAAGAACUUGGACCUGAUAAAGUCUCCAGCGACCCAUACCUGAAGGUCUAUUCCUUCUGUCGCGUGAUCUUUAUCAUGCAAGGGCUCAAUCGCCGGCGGGCAGUCUGCGCCAGCUCAAACCUGUGGAAACACGGCCCAUUCAUACAUCAUGAGAAGAAUGCAUACCAUCGCUUCUACGAUCUAUCGUCGGAGGCGUGCGAGCUAUUGGGCUACGCCGACGAUUUGGAGCAACUUCAUGAUACAGGUUCUGAGCAAUCGGCGCGAGUGCUUCACAGCUUGCUUGAUCUCAUAUCACGGCUCAAAAUAUGGAUGCAUGACUCCGAAAUUGUUGGUUUCAGCGGACCUUUCAGUUUUCCCGACAAUGAUGCGGUAAAUCGCCACCAGCUUGAUCGCUCUACGGCACGCGGAUACCCAACAAAGUCACCAUUGGAUAGUGGGUGGACUCCAGAGGUACUAUAUGGGCAAAGGAUGACGCACAAUUACUGGACGCUACGUUUGGAUCUCUACAUGACAAUACUAGACAACCCAAUCCUCUAUUCAUUACUCAUGACAUCUAGCGAGUUUAGGACGCUGCUGCUCACAGACUUGGCGUUAGAGCCUACUGAGGCAGAGCUACCGCCCUUUGUCUUGAUCUUUGAAGAAUGCCGUAGGUUGGCGAACAACAUCGCUAUUUAUGCUACUAGCAGCGCGAGCCAUAGCAUGUAUCAGACUUUUGGCUCGCUCGUCACUGUCUACACCCUCGAGACGGCAAUUCGAUGGUACGAACGACACAAAAGCGGUGAUUACCAGAUGGAUGCUGAACUUGAGCAACAUUGUCGCGCGGUACUAUCCGGGAUUCAGGUUGAGGAGUCCAAGGACCCGUGUGCCUUCGAAGUCUCCGUAUUACCUGAUGAAGUCUUGAGGCGCCCUUGGUGCUAAGACUACCGAGACAGAGGGAGAGAGCCAUGCUAUUUCAGGUCACGGGCAGAUAUUUGCCUCACUGACUUCAGAAUCCCUACGCGCGAACAUAGCGCCUCUGUUUACAAGUUUCAACGGUAUAUACUCUAUUGCUCAUAGGCAUAAUUCGGGCAGGUUAACUAAACUGUGCCCCU